CGUCAAGUUUGUCAAAUUCAUGCGGAUUCGAUCAAGGUUCUUGGAGGCUGUGAAAUUUCUUAUUGGAUUUCUCAUUUAGUUUAUGUAGUUAAAGCUAAUAAAAAUAACUAUCUACAGAAAAACAAAUAUUAUAUAAAUAUACUUGUCAAUAACAACACAGUGUUAAAAUGGGUGAUCCCAAGCUCUUAGACACCACUCAGAUUAUUAAUGGAAUUGCAGUGUUACUAUCGUUUUUCGUUGGAUAUAAAUACGCUUUAAAGAAGCAUGAUACCGGCGAUGUGUCUAAUAACGCUAGUAACAGCACUGUAGCCAGAGAAGGUGCCGCAUCAGCUUUGGUGGAGGGUCUUUUCGCCAAUAUUGGUAGCAACUACAAAAUGGUGUUGGUAGUACGAAACGAUUUAAAAAUGGGCAAAGGUAAAAUCGGCGCUCAAUGUGGGCAUGGAGCGGUAGGCGCCUAUCAAAAAGCUGUUCGGCGCACACCACAUAUUGUACGUGCUUGGGAGAAUACUGGUUGCGCUAAAAUAGCACUACGUGUUGAAAGUGAAUCGGAAAUGAUGGCAGUUAAACGCGCUGCGGAUGCCAAUAACCUAACAACAUGUUUGAUUCGUGACGCCGGUCGUACACAAAUCGAACCAAAUUCAAAAACCGUACUAGCCAUAGGCCCGGCAGCUGUAGAAGAUAUUGAUAGAAUAACUGGGCAUUUAAAGCUGUUGUAAAACGAACUCCCUCGAUCCAGUCUCAUUUUUUAAUAUUACUCAUCAUUGAAGCAAUACGCUUAUCCAUUCUAUAUGUAUGUGUAGUGGUACCUCAUGAUAAUAAAAUUAUUAUGAACUUCUAAAGUAAAUACAACAAA